GGCGAGAAGCACCCCACCCUGCUGAGGAAGGCCCCUCUCAACCCCAAGGCCAACCGGGAGAAGAUGACCCAGGUCAUGUUGGAGACCUUCAACGUGCCCGCCGCGUACGUUGCCAUCCAGGCCGUGCUGUCUCCCAACGUCUCUGGGCACACGACAGGUAGGGUAUUGGUAAUGGACUCUGGUGAUGGUGUGUCCCACAACAUGCCGAUAAGCUAGGGCUAUGCUCUGCCCCACGCCAUCAUGCGCUUGGACCUGGCCAGCCGAGACCUCACUGACUACCUCUUGAAGAUCCUCACUGAGCGAGGUCAGUCACCGGUGGGCCCAGAGCUCCUCUUUGAUUAAACUUCCGAGCGUGAGGUUGUGUGCGACAUCAAGGAGAAGCUGUGCUACGUGGCACUGGACUUUGAGAACGUGUAUGCCCCAGACGCAUCCUCCUCCUCCCUGGAGAAGAGCUACGAGCUACCCUACGGUCAGGUCAUCACCAUCGGCAACGAGCGCCGCUGCCCAGAGACCCCCUUCCAGCCAUCCUUCAUCGGUAUGGAGUCAGCCGGCAUCCACGAAACCACCUACCACAGCCCCAUGGAGUGUGACAUCGACCUCCUCCUGAACGCCAACAGCGUCCUGUCGGGGGGCACCGCCGUGUACCCAGGCAUCGCUGACCACGUGCCAUGAUGACCACAGGAGAUCACCGCCCUGGUGCCGGCCUCUUGUCUCCCUCGGAUAAUCGCUCCCAAAGAGAGGAAGUACUCUGUGUGGAUCGGAGGCUCCAUCCUGGCAUUUCUCUCCACCUUCCAGAUGUGGAUCAGCAAGCAGGAGUACGAUGAGGCUGUGCCCGCCAUCAUCCACAGUAAGUGCUUCUAA